UCUUCGUUUUCCCCAAAAUGCAACAACAAACAAAAUUUACACAUCCAUCUAUUUCUGUCUUAUCUCAUCUUUCUCCUUCUUCUUCCACUUCUCAGCCUCACCUUCGUUAUCAUAUCACCAUACCGACACUCAACUCCAACUCGCCUUUCAAUUCUAUUAUUCGAAUUGAUUAGUUGAAUCAUUGUUGCUCGCCAGAUGAAUUUUCGUCGUUUAAGCGGCUCUUUGAUUCUCGUUGCCCUCUAAAUUUCACCUUCAAUUUCUCCGUUUUAGUUUUAGUAUCAUUCAGGGUGAAUGAAGGGUGUUAGAGACUGGGUUUUCUCUCAGUUAUUAUCAAAUUCACUGGCAUCAUCUAGGCCCUUGUCAACCGGUGGAAGUCUCUUUCGUGGAGGAUCGCCUGAUGAAGAAUUUGACGAGCGAGCUCACACAUCCAGUUUGCUAGCACCACCAGUGUCUCCUGAUGCAUCACGCGUUUCUGAUGUUAAUCAGGGUUAUGGGCCUCAUCAAUCGCAGCAACAAGUUCAAGUUGAAGAUUCUUUUCAAUCUAAUAUUCAUAAUGCUGAUCGGAAAAAGAUGGGUUCUUUGGCAAAGGUUGAGGAUCUCCAAAUUAAGUUCUUCCGUCUUAUACAGCGUGUUGGGCAUGGACAUGAUGGUCUCCUGGUGGCUAAAGUUUUAUAUCGGAUACACCUGGCAACUUUGAUACGAGCUGGGGAAUCAGAUAUAAAAAGGGUCAACCUCAGAACUGAUAGAGUUAGAGCAAUAGCAAGAGAGCAAGAGGUGGCAGGUCUGCCUGAAUUAGAUUUCUCAAUUAGAAUACUUGUCCUGGGAAAAACGGGGGUUGGUAAGAGUGCAACAAUAAAUUCUGUAUUUGAUCAAAUAAAGACCAAGACUGAUGCAUUUCAACCAGCAACAGAUCACAUUCGAGAGGUUGUGGGAACUGUUAAUGGGAUAAAAAUAACUUUCAUUGAUACCCCUGGUUUCUUACCUUCUUCUACAAGGAGUAUGAGGAGAAAUAGGAAGAUUAUGCUCUCUGUCAAGAAGUUCAUUAAAAAAUCACCUCCAGACAUUGUUUUAUAUUUUGAACGCCUAGACAACAUCAACAUGGGCUACAUUGAUUUUCCACUUCUGAAGCUAAUGACUGAAGUUUUCGGUUCUGCAAUUUGGUUUAACACUAUCCUUGUCAUGACUCAUUCUUCAACUCUUCCUGAUGGACCCAGUGGGUAUCCUGUUAGCUAUGAAUCAUAUGUGAGCCAAUGUACAGAUUUAGUACAACACUACAUACACCAGGCAGUAUCUGACUCAAGACUUGAAAACCCUGUGCUUUUAGUGGAAAAUCAUCCUCAGUGUAGAAAAAAUGUGAGGGGGGAAUGUAUCCUUCCAAAUGGACAGGUUUGGAAAUCUCAUUUCUUGUUGUUAUCCAUAUGUACCAAAGUUCUUGGUGAUGCUAACUCCCUUCUGGAAUUUCGAGACAGCAUCCAAUUGGGGCCCUUGAAUAAUACCCGACUUCCUUCUAUGCCUCAUCUCCUUUCAUCUUUUCUCCGUCAUCGCUCAUUAUCAAAUCCAAGUGAAGCUGAGAAGGAAAUGGACGAGAUAUUUGUUUCGGACAUGGAUGAAGAAGAUGAGUAUGAUCAGUUACCAUCGAUAAGAAUUCUGACAAAAGCUCAGUUUGAGAGAUUAACAAAAUCCCAGAAAAGAUCAUAUCUUGAUGAGCUUGAUUACCGAGAGAUUCUAUAUUUGAAGAAACAGUUGAAAGAAGAGUCUCGAAGGCGGAAGGAGGUUAAGCUUUCCAGGGAGGAAAAUUUCCCCAAUGACAAUAAUACUGAUAGUGAGGUAUAUCCAGAGGCUGUCAUGCUACCAGAUAUGGCAGUCCCUCCUAGUUUUGACUCAGAUUGCCUGGCCUACAGAUACCGCUGCCUUGUGACAAGUGACCAGUGGCUUGCGAGGCCUGUUCUUGAUCCCCAUGGAUGGGAUCAUGAUGUUGGCUUUGAUGGAAUAAAUUUGGAGACAGCUUUGGAAAUAAAAAGGAAUGUCUUCAUCUCAAUCGCAGGUCAGACAAGCAAGGACAAGCAUGAUUUCAGUAUUCAAUCCGAGUGUGCUGCAGCCUACAUGGAUCCUAUGGGGCCUACUUAUUGUGUUGGUCUUGAUGUUCAAUCUGCUGGUAAAGAUAUGAUAUAUACAAUUCACAGCAACACAAAAAUGAGGAAUCUCAAGCAGAAUGUUACUGACUUGGGGGUUUCUUUGACAUCUUUUGGAAACAAGUAUUAUCUUGGUACAAAACUUGAAGAUGCCUUACUGAUUGGGAAACAGCUAAAGUUGGUAAUGAAUGCCGGCCUAAUGGGGGGUGCAGAACAAGUUGCAUAUGGUGGGAGCUUAGAAGCAAUUUUAAGAGGGAGAGACUACCCUGUGAGGAAUGACAACAUCAGUUUGACAAUGACAGCUCUCUCUUAUAAUAAAGAGCUAGUAUUAGGUGGAGUUUUCCAAUCCGAGUUCCGGCCAAGUCGAGGCAUGAAAAUGUCCGUUAAUGCUAAUCUAAAUAGCAGGAAAAUGGGACAGGUUGGUAUAAAAUUGUCUAGCACUGAGCAUAUGGAAAUUGGUUUGAUUGCAGUUUUUGCAAUUUUCAAGGGCCUAUUCCGCAGAAAGGCAUCAGAAGACAAAGGCACAGAAGCAUUGGAGAGAGGAUAAUUUUCCUCUUUUGGUACUAAGGAGAAAUAGAGAAAUGAAUUUUGUGGUGCCCUGUGCCCAUUCCGGAAUUUUUACUGUAACUUUUUAGGCGAUUGUUUGAGAAGUGUGACAGAGAAGGAUAUAGAUAGAUACAGUUGCGUUUUUAGUCUGAAAACUCGUAAACCUCUGAUUUGGUUUUUCACUACAGAAUGCUUGUUAGAACUGCCGGUUAUGGCCACAGAGGUUACUAUCAGGUAAAUUGGUGAUAAUUGUACAGGAAAUCACUGAAGAUGAGUUUUUCGUUUCCCUGAUCCGUGUAGUAAGCUGAAAUAGAAAUAAGCCAAAACCAAACUCUUUUUCUUCUUCUUCUUCUUCUUCCUGGUAAUAAAAUUAGUGUUUUUGCAAGCUGUGUAUUUUUAUUUCAAUAUGAUGAGUUGGGAUUGUGUUGAAAUGGAAAGUGAGUAUGGUUGAUAGAAUUGAUCGUAGCUUUAUCAAAAACUUGAGCAGGAGUUGAAGAUA